UGCGUGUAGCGUAAGCCGGAAGUGGUCAUCAAGGAGCUAGCAGUAGCUAUUGGCCGUUGAAAAAGCUAAAAGCUAACAGUUUUCCAACCGCUGUAAAUCACGAAGACGAAGAAUAAGAGAACCGUUUCCUCUCAGCACUUAUUUUAGCACUUCACUUAUUUCAGAUAUUGAAAAGAGAGUUCUUCGCAGUGAUUCAUAUAAGUCAUGGCUGCUGAUUGGCUAGGUAGUUUAGUGUCAAUCAACUGUGGGCCAACGCUGGGAGUCUAUCAAGGAGAGGUUGUGUCUGUAGACCAGUCCAGCCAAACCAUCGCCUUAAGACAACCUUUCCAUAAUGGAGUCAAGUGCCCCGUUCCCGAGGUCACAUUUAGUGCCAUUGACAUAAAGGAACUAAAGAUAUUAGACAUCAGAAACGGCAAUGCCAAGAACGGCUCUUUUGCAUCUGCAAAAAUAAGCAGUGCCCCAGUUGCAGUCCCAAAGGGUGACCCCAGGUCUGUGGAGAAACUGAACUCACCUCAGCACUGCUCAAAAAGCCAUGGCGAACGUCACCUGGAUGUACCAGGCCAGCCAAAAGGAUUUCGACGAAGACACAACUCCUGGUCAUCUAGUAGUCGUGGGGGAAACCAAGUGACUCCUAAAAAGAAUGGGGUGAAAAAUGGUCAGAAGUACAGAGACGAUGAGUGUUUCGGAGAUGGCAUGGAUGACGGGCUGGAUACAGACUUUGAUUUUGAGGGAAACUUGGCUCUCUUUGACAAAGCAGCAGUUUUCUCAGAAAUCGACACAACUGAGCGCCGAAAUGGUGCAAGGUCACGUGGGACACCUCAAGAGCAGACACCCUCGAGGUAUCGUCAUGAUGAAAACAUUCUGGAGGCCAAACCUAUUGUGUACAGGCAGAUCACUGUACCACAGCCUGGGGCUAAAGAGUACUGCACUGACUCUGGGCUUGUUGUACCAAGUAUAACAUAUGAACUACACAAGCGUCUUCUGUCAGUCGCUGAGCGUUAUGGUCUCUCACUGGAGCGAAGACUGGAGAUGACUGGAGUGUGUGCAAGUCAGAUGGCACUUACAUUGCUUGGUGGGCCCAACCGAUUUACGCCAAAAAAUCUACACCAGCGUCCCACAGUGGCUCUGCUGUGUGGCCCACAUGUUCAGGGAGCUCAGGGCAUCAGCUGUGGUCGUCAUCUGGCCAAUCAUGAAGUGGAAGUCGUCUUGUUUCUCCCAAACUUUGUCAAGAUGCUUGACUCGGUGACCAGUGAGCUCUCACUCUUUAACAAAACUGGUGGCAAACAGGUGUCAAGUAUCAAAGACCUCCCAGACACCCCGGUGGACCUAAUCAUUAACUGUCUGGACUGCCACGAGAACACAUUCCUGAUGGAUCAGCCUUGGUACAGAGCAGCUGCAGAUUGGGCCAACCAGAACCGAGCACCAGUGCUCAGCUUAGACCCUCCUGGUAGUGGACAGAAGCAGGCAGUUGAAGCCAAAUGGUCCCUCUCUCUCUGCCUCCCCCUUCCUCUUGGGGAAGGGGCUGGCAGUGUUUACCUGUGUGACAUUGGUGUUCCUCGCCAGGUGUUCCAGGAAAUGGGAAUAAAAUACCAUUCUCCUUUUGGCUGCAAAUUUGUCAUCCCCUUGCACUCUGCAUAAUGAGACUAAUGUCCAACAUGACAGAUUGAAUCGUUCACCCUCCAUGACCAUGUGGGUUUUGGCGCCUUACUGUAUAUUCCAGAGCUUCAGCAUUUUUUCAGUUCAUCCAUUCAGUUUCUAACCCUUUGUCAUGUGAAUGGGACUUUUCCCCUCUUACUGGUGGACCACUGAGUAGCGCAUUAGUCCUGUAUGGAUUAAGAGGCAUGUUUGUGAUAGAACAGAGCUUUAUUGACCAUCACAGGCUUCACCAUUUAUGUAGAUCCAUUGUGUUUACAUCAUGUUACAAUAUGAUAUUAAAAGAUACUCGUGAGAGAGGUUUACAGAAAUAUAAUUUAGGUAUUAAAAAUUAUAAUACAUAGAGUUUAGUUUUAAGCUGAAUGAGACAAUCUGACCUUAAAUGGAAAAUGUCUGAACAUCUCUGUAAUCUCACCUUAUUCCAGAGCCUUGAAAAGAUCCAAUAUAUACAUGCAAAUGCAAUAUUAUCACAUUUAUAUAAAUGUGAGAACAAAUUCCAGCUCUUUCUCCUGUUGUUAUUGGUAAUGGCUUAACUCACAGCCGGCCAAACCCUGCAGAACUCAUUUAUAGUUGUCUAUUGUUUCUGUAGGAUAGAAAUGCCAUCCAACCAAAUGUUGAAUAUUUGGCACUGAUGUGAGAAAUGCUUUGUUUUCAAACUGAGCCAGUGUUGAAACGGGCAGCUACUGGAGAGGAUCCAGAUACCAGAGGUUGUAUUUGUCCAUGAUAGAUUGUGAUAGUAAUUACAUUGUGAUAACAAGGGCUAUGAUAAGAUGAAUUUAAAUCCAUUUGAAGAAUCUUGCCUUCAGUGGAAAAAAAAAAGUUGCGCAAACUGAGGUUAAUACAGUUCAUAACGGAAGUCAUGACGUCAUGUCAGGACUUGCUUCUACAAAACAAGGCAAUCUCCAGUUCUGCAGAUCGUUCUGCAGAUCGUUCAGCUGUUGUACUGAAAGCUGAGGCAUGUUUCCUGUGUUUUAUUUUUUUAUCACAUCCACCACUGAAAACGGAAUCCUUCAAAUAACAAAGAAAAUUUUUUUGGAGCAAAGAAAAACUUAAGUUUUAAUGUAAAAACUACAAGAGUGUUAGGGAUUUUCAUCACCUUUUUUCCUGUGGUAUCCAUUAAAGUAAUAGAGAGGAGCUGAUGAAAAAUGCUGCCACAAACAAAUAUUGAACAAAAAUGAAAUCAGAUUUUAAAGUACUGUCAUUCUUGUCCAACCCGUGAAAAAUGCCUUACCACAAAGAACUUAGCAAAGCUCAGUCUUCACAUGUAAGUUUAGUGACAAGCAUAAAUGUGAUCUUGAAUGAGGUCAUCAUGUGGAACAGAUUUUGUCUGUUCUGGUUUCAUUUAGACUCUGUUGCAUUAGAUUAAGAACCAUACCGGAGUGUUUGAGAGUUUUGGGCUCAUUAUGCUCAAAUGUGUAUUUAAUCCUGGUGUUGAUCUUUCUUUAAGGCAUGCCAGCGUUUUGUCAUAUUUGAACAAUUUUCUUUCCCUCUAGGUUUUCAAUUAUUACAUUGUCGUAGAAUAAAUGUGCAGUGAAAAUCACAACAGCAGUAGUUUGUUAAUCCCAGGUUUCAAAGUCACUGUAUUACAUUGAAUGGGAGCAAACUUGAUGGACAUGUAGUCCAUUCUCUUAAAACCACUGGUAUGGUCCUUCUUAAGUGUCAAACAAACAUGUUUGAAUGUCAACUUUUUUUUUUUUAAUUUUGUGAUCAAGCUAAUGUCUGUUUACAAAACUUGUAUUGUCAGAUUAUAGAUACUCUGUAUAGAAUUCCUUUGCAUUGAUCAUCUGCACUGAGCACCCUCUUUAAUCCAUUUAGAUUGGGUCUUGAUUAUGCAUUAAGCCUGUUUGUGUCCUCGACCACAGGACACUUAAACAUAGACUGUGAAUCUAACUCAAGAAAAGCUGCUUGUUUUGAAGGUAUGGGGGAUGUCUGCAUUGUUACUGCCUGUAUAUAAUGUGACAAGAGAAGUUGCAGUUGUGUUAGACGCACUAAUCUUUAAAAGAUGUGCACAUUGAGCACAUAACAGGUCCUUGGAUCCUGUAUCUUUGUGGUCAGUAACAGGUUACAAAUUGUCAUCUUAGCUAUGGCAUAACAUGUAAACCUGUCAACACACAUUUGUUUAAGUGUUGAAAAUCACUGUCAUGCAUGCAGGUUUUGUCCCUUCUCCAACAUUCCUACGGCCUGAUGUGUAAUGUCUCAGCUGUUGAGACAAGUCUGGCCUGCAAACAUGAGCCAGCGUCACUGAAUGUGAAGGAAAGAGGAUUCUUGUUUUUCUUUGGCCACCAGGGGGCCGUGAAGUCACACUCAAUUAGGCUCUUCCUUACUUUGCUGUUAUGUCAGCUUUCACAUACCUAACAGUUUUCUUCACAGAGGUGUGAGUUCAUUAAUGCGAACAGUCAGAAACAAUGAAGUGAUCCUGCUUGCCACAGACACACUUCAGUUCCAUUAAAGUUGUUAAAACGCAGGUUAUUCAUACAAGUUUACAUGUUGAAUAUUCUGAGAUCUGCACCAAUGAGAAGUCAGUUAGCAAUUCAGGGGCGUGCGUGUGGGAGGUUUUGUCUAGACAGCACAACUGUUUUCCUUUUGGGAGCAAAGUUCACUGUUAAGAUAAAAAAAAAAUCCUGUGCAGUCCUCUUGUGUCAAAUCUGCAGAAUUAAACAAUGAAAAAUAAUAAA